AUGUCCGCGCCGAUGUCGUUCCAGAAGGAAGCAGCGUGGGAGUUUUGCGCUCCGCACUACUACGACUUCGAAGCCGGGGACGCGACGGACGCGAACCCGGACGCGUGGUUCGAGACCGCGCACACGAAAGGCUUAUCCACGCCCGCGCGCGUCGUCGCGAAGACGCCCGCGCCCGCGCCCGCGGCGUCGCGAGCCGCUGAGGACGACAAGGAAAACGACGUGGCGACCGCCGCCGCCGCCGCCGCCGACGCCGACGCGCGAGCGAAGACCCCGGCGUCGUCUGCGCGCCGCGCGCCUCCGAAGAGCAUCCUGAAGAGCGCGGGGGGGAAGAAGACCCCGGACCGCCGCGCGCUGACGCCGUCGAACGGCGCGAGCGGCGCCGCCGUCGUCGCGGGGAAGACGCCGGCGACGACGAGGAGCGCGGCGAAGAAAGCGACGACGACGACGACGACGCCCGCGGAGGAUCCCGAGGCGACGUGGGCGGCGGCAGAAACCGCGCGGCGGCGGACGAGGACCCCGCGCGCCGCGAGCGGGAGCGGGAGGAAGACGCCGGUGACGUACGGCCGCCGCGCGAAGACGCCGGCGACGACGACCUCCCCGGAGGAGGAGGAGGAGACGGGCGCGGGCGCGGGGACGGAGGACGUCGACAUGAUGGACGUCGACGCGCCGGAGCCGGAGGCGAAGGCGCCGACGCCCGAGACCGCGACGUCGACGAAGAAGAAGUCUACCGCGAAGAAGAAGAAGGUCGUGAUCAUGCUGACGCCGCCGGUGGAGGCGACGACGACGACGACGAAGACGACGACGCCGGUCGGGACGAGAUCCUCUCCGCGAAGAGCCGCCGCGGCCAAAGCCGCGGCGGCGAUCGCGGCGACGGCGAAGACGCCGCGCGCCGCCGCGACCGCGGCUUCGACGACGCCGACGACGACGACGACGACGAGCGCGACAAAGUCGUCGAUAACGCCGAUGACCAUCGCGCCCGCGGUGUCGACGUCGUCGUCGAAGACCCCGCGCGCGUCGCCGCGGCUCGCGGCGAUGGCCGCCGCCGGCGGCGGCGGGGGCGUCGCGCUCGGACCGGUGCGCGGCGACGCGGCGACGAAGACGCCGAGCCGCCUCGCGUCGUCCUCCACGACGAAGACCUCGACCUCGACGACGACGACGACGGAGGAGGAGGCGGGGCCGCUCGUCGAGCCGCCACUCCCCGUCCUCGCGCCGCGCCCGCGACGGAAAGGCCUCACCGGCGGCGGCGCCGUCAGGGUUCUCGUGGAUCCGUCGCGCGUGCCGGGCGCGGCGGAGCCGGAGCCGGAACACUCCCCGCAGCCGAUGAUGGAGGCGACGAUGGAGACUGCAGAGGAGACCUCGCCGGAAGAAGAAGAAGAAGAAGGGCCCGAGCCGGCGCGUAAACGCCCGCGCGAAAUCGCGGAGGCGCCACCGCCCGCGUGCGUCCCCAAGAAAUCUGUCGUCGCACGGUCGUCCGCGUCCGCGCGAACCGCCGGGCCGGGACCGCGCGUCAAGCCGAUCACGGUGCCCAAGUCUCCCGCGAUUUCGAAACCGAACAAGCGCGCGCGCGUGGGGAAAACCACCGAGGAGCUCGCGUUUGAAAAAGCGCAGGCGGAGGGCGCCGCGGAGAAGCGCGCGAUGGCGCUCGCGGCGAAGCGCGCGGCGCGAGCGAGCGGCAGAGGCGGCGGGCGCGUGCGGCCGAAGCCGCUGACGCGACCGGUCGCGCCGGCGUUGUCGUCGCGAACGCACGCGAUGACGACGAGGACGCAAGGUACGGGGGAAGAAGCGAGCCCGUACAAGUCCAUCGCGGAGAGGUGCCACGGGUUCACGACGAAAUCCCUUCGCGGGGUGGACGAAGCGCGCGGCGGCGCGGGCGCGGGCGCGGCGACGACGUCGCGAGGUCAGGCGAAAGAGAGGCCGCUGACGCGGCCGGUGUCCCCCGCCAUCACGCGCGCGAUUCGCGCGCGCGGCCCGCCGCAAAAGUCCUCGGAGGAGCUCGAGCUCGAGCAAAUCGCCGCGCGUAAAAAAUUCAAAGCGCGUCCGCUGAAGCGUUCCGUGCUUCUCGGCGCGGGCGACGCCGCCGCGAAGACCGCGGCGGCGGCGGCGGCGAAGCUCGCGGCGAAAGAGCGCGCGGACGCGGACCGCGCGAGAGGACCGAUGGCGAAGACGCUGGGUCGGACGCGCGGCGCCGAGAAGGAGGCGGAGGAGGCUGAGAUGAAAACGCGCGACACGAAGCGACGCAAGGCGUGCGAGGAGGAGAACGGCGGGUGGAACGCGUGCGCGCCGGCGACGGUCCCGGAGUCGCCGAACUUGACGACGUCGCGACGCGCGGUUCGAUGGGGCGCGGUGAAUCAGCUCGCGUGCGAGGCGCAGGCGGCGCCGUCCGCGGAGCCGUCCUCGCGAAAGACCAACAAGCGCUGGACCGGGGAGCUCACCGCCUUUGAGCCGUUCGAUCUGUGCACGGAGAAACGCGGCGCGUACGCGGAGCGCGUCCUGGAGCGCACGGUCGCGGAGGAGGAAGCGAGAGCCGCGGAGCGCCGACGCUUCGAGGCGACGCCCGCGCCGCCGUCGACGCUCAAGGCGCCGCGGCCGUCGACGCGCGCGUUUGAAGCGCAGAAGCCGCUCACGACGUUUCAGCCCUUCAACCUCCGCGGCGAGGCGCUUCACGAGUACGAGAAGCGACGCGAGAGCGCGCGCCGCGCGGACGAGGACGCCGCGGCGAAGGCGAAGACGGAGUUCCACGCGAGGGCGAUUCCCACGACGCACUUCAACCCGAUGUUCGAGCUCGAGGCGUCGGCGACGCCGUUGACGACGCCGAUGGAAAACGUCGCGCGCAACGCGGAGACGCGAGCCAAGUCGCGAGCGGCGUUCGACGAGAAGAUGGCGCGGAAGCACGCGGAGGAGGAGCGCGAGAGAGAGGCGAAAAAGGCGGCGGAGGCGGAGGAGGAGGCGCGGCUCCGCGCGGAGUUUCGAAAGAGCACGGUCUUCGUCGCGCGGCCGAUGCCGGAUUACGGCGAGCUCGCGGGCGUCGGCGUGGGACCGACGGAGGAGCGGGCGCUGACGUUUCCGCAGUCGCCGACGUUCGUGUCGAAGCGCAGGGCUGCCGCGGAGAGAGAGGCGGCGAUGAAGGCGAGGCGCGGUGGGAGUUUGCUGCGAUCGGGCGCGGGGCGCGUGCUGAUUUGA